AUGAGUGACUCAAUAACAAUAGGGGUUGAUUGCCAUGGUGAAUGGAUCGAGAAGAACAAUCGAUAUAUUUGGCGAUGGAAGGGUAGUGACACGUUAGAGACGAUAGUGAUGAGUGUCCAAAGAGAUGUUGUGUUUGAUGAUUUUGUGAACCUAAUCAUCACCUAUUGUGAAUUAACUUCUAGGCCCAUUUUAAGGGUAUACGUUGUUGGAAGCCCGGUAGAGAACCACAAUUUAUCUCAAGACCAACAAGAUGUGUUAAAUAAUGAAUUGGAUGGGGUGGAUAUGGAUAUCCCAGAUAAUGGAAGUGGGGUUGACCAGAUUCCUAUACCCGAAGUUGCGAGCAAUAUAGUGGGCACUACACAAUCAAUACAGUCUAGCCAUGUUCAAGAUGAUGAAACAAGUUUUUAUAAAGGAAUAUGUGUACAUCCGGAGUACAAGUGGUGGCUGAGGGCUGUGAAGCUUUUAAGUUCUGACAGAUUUUGUAUCAGAACCUACAUAAAGAAUCACGCAUGUGGUUCUGAGCACAUUACGAGCCAUAAUCCACACGCUUCAGCGAAAGUCAUUGGUGAAUACUUUAAAGAUAAGUUUCCUUACGGUAAAGGCCCAUCUACAAAAGAUAUAAAUCAAUCAAUCCAUAUAGAUUUGGGUUGUAAGGUAAGUUAUUGGAAGGUCUGGAAGGGAAUGGAGAUUAUAAAGGCUUUGACAAGGGAGACACAUGAGCACGAGUACGCGGUGCUUGAUGCGUACCCUUAUAUGCUUCGUUCUGCAAAUCCCGGAAGUAAGACGGCAUUGAAGGUUGAUGAAAAUGGGAAAUUCAAGUACUUUUUUGUAGCCUAUAAGGCUUGGAUGCUUGGUUUUGCGCAAAUGAAAAAAGUCAUAGCUUUCGAUGGGACAUUCUUGAGGAGCAAGUACAAAGGAGUGUUGUUGUCAGCAGUUGCACAAGAUGCGGAGAACCAUAUUUUUCCAGUGGCAUUUUGUGUAGUAGACAAGGAGUGUGAUGCUUCGUACAAAUAUUUUUUUGAACAAAUGAGAAGCUAUAUAGAGGAUACCCCUGAGUUGUGCAUAAUUUCUGAAAGACAUCCAAGGAUCAAAAAGGCGGUUUCAUUUGUCUUCCCUACAUGUCAUUAUGGUUUUUGCAUGAGGCACCUAGGGAAAAAUCUGAGAACCACCUUUCACAAUGGGGCGGUCGUAUCUCAAUUUUAUAAAACAGCAAAAGCGUACAAUAUUGAUGUCUUCAAUGACCAUUUCAAUCAAAUGAAAGAUUUGGUCCCUGGGGCCGCCGAACAUCUUGAACGUGCUGGAUUCCACAGAUGGAGCAGGGCAUUCUGCCCCGGAAAUAGGUAUAAAUUUAUGACGACAAAUGCUGCUGAGUCAGUGAACUCAAUGUUCAAUGUUGAAAGAGAACUUCCCAUUACUGCUCUAUUUGAUUCCAUAAAUAGAAGUUUUCGCCAAGUAAAAACUCUGUUGCAACAACUGUGUAACUUGUUAGGAUUUUCCCAACAAGUGAUCGAACUUGUUGCAGCAACUAACUUAACUCGUGAUAUGACUUGUUCAACAGCUAUGUUACCUGCUGCAACAGAUUAUACAAUUGCUGCAGCAGAUUAUACAAUUGCUGCAAUAGGUUAUGCAAUUGCUACAACAAAUUAUGCAAUUGUUGCAGUAGAUCAUGCAAUUGUUGUAACAUAUCAUGCAAUUGUCUUUCGAUCAUGUAAUUGCUGCAACAACUAG